AUGCCAAUUCAACUGUCCGACAAUGAAGGCGUGGACUGGGCCUACACCGGCCUGUUUGAAAUAGUGAAAAUUGGAGAUACGCCACAGCGCGUGACCCGUGUGAACCCGGACAGCGAGGCGUGGCUUCGCGCCGACCGACCAGUCACCAUCGAGUGGAACCCCAAGUUAAUCAACUUCACCCAGGUCCGCAUUGACGUGUUGGCUUACGGCGAGCCAAUAGACCCUGAUACUGGCCUGCCCGGACCGCCUACCUGGGAAGAGAUUGACGAGCCUCGUCUUCAGGAUGUCAAGCGGUACGCGCCCACCACUACCUGCUCUCUUAUCCUGGUGUCCUAUACUGUGCCGAACACCGGCAUGUACACGUGGACAUCGCGGGCAGCUUCCCAGGUGAGCGACAAGAACUGCAUCGGUAUCAUCAGGGUCACGCCAAGCUUUCAACGUGACGACCUGGCACUCUGGAGCGACCUGCACUUCCUUGGCUACAUCAUGAACGGCAUGUUCCAGAACGACACAUCGACCUACUCCAACCUCCGCUGUGACGAGUUCUACGAACGGGAGAAGGCGGCUGGAGUCGAUAAGGAACUCCUCAACAGCCUGCGUCCCUGCCCCUGCAACCUGACCCAGGCACUGGCCGACAGGGGGCGCUUCAAGCCCGACCCCAUGUGCAACAUGGACGACACCGUGCAAAACCGUACCCAGGAGUAUUGUCGUUUCAAAGACGACGUGGUUCACUGCGUCACCAGCAUCGUCCCUUCCGAUGGCCACGACUCAACCUGCUGCUACGAUGAGUGGGAGAAUCUAGUCUACGCAGGAGACAGCUCAUCAGGGAGCUUCUCGCGAAGGGUCACCGUGGAGGGCAUUCCGCUCUAUAACGAAUCUGGAAAGGUGCCCGAGUUGUCCUCGGGGAUCGCCGACCUGUCCCCAUACUACAUGUGCUGCAUAUGGGGCGACCACUGCGACUAUUACCAGGAUGUCAGACCGACGCGUGACUGCGCGUGGUACGGUAAUGUCCGGCCAGCGACUGUGUACGGAGACCCUCACUUUGCGACCUUCGACGGUGUUGAGUACACCUUUAAUGCUAAGGGCGAGUACACGCUAUUGGACACCACGUCGGCAUCCCAGACACAAUUCAGACUUCAGGGACGGUUCGAGGAAAUCCUCGACCGAAAUGGUAAAUUCAUCGCUCCGUGA